GUUUAGGAUUUGGGUUUGUUUAAUCCUGUAACAGCAAUGGCGCGGUUGCUAAAUCUGUCCCUGAGGUUUUAUUGCUCCAGGUGCUCUCAGAGUCGGAGCUCAUAUUCCUCCAUGUUUACAUCUCGUUUAAAACCUGACUCUCAGCUGGUAGGUGGCAAAUUCCACCAGCGCAGGUCUCUGACAGAAACUAGACGGAUUUCUCAGUUCUAUAACGGUAAAAGAACAAAGUUCUGGGUCCUAGGGCUCGGAACAGGGUUGCUAAUAGCUUUGGGCUUUAAGCGUUAUGUUUACAACAAUGAGCGCUGCGAGUGUGAGGCUGAGACUCAAGUAAAAACUGAUAGUGUCUCAAAAUACUGCACUGCCAUAGAGAUCAGCCGUGACCUGCUUCAGAGAAUAAAGGAUGAAGUUGGUGCUCCUGGUAUAGUCAUUGGGGUUUCCGUGGAUGGCACUCAGGUGUGGUGUGAAGGUCUAGGCUAUGCUGAUUUAGAGAACAGAGUGGCCUGUGAUGCUGGCACUGUGAUGAGAAUAGCCAGCAUCAGUAAAUCUCUGACUGCAACCGCUGCUGCUAGAGUGUGGGAGGAUGGCAAGCUGGAUCUAGAUGCUCCUGUCCAGAAGUAUGUGCCAGAGUUCCCUGAAAAGCAGUUUGAAGGCAAAGAUGUCACAAUAACUCCACGACUGCUGUUGUCUCAUCUGAGUGGCAUCCGUCACUAUGAAAAAGAUGCCAAGAAAGUAAGAGAGCAAAAGGAGAAAGCAAGACGUCUUCUAAAGUCUCCAGAGAAGAAAGACCAGAAGCUUACUGAUGAGACUAAGACUAAACCCAAAGAAGAGGAGAACACUACAAAGAGCAAAGAUGGCAAGUCAGGAAAAAAGAAGGAGUUUGAGCAGGAAGAGUACUACCUCAAAGACAGGUUUGAGAGUGUCAUUCAGGCUUUGGACCUGUUCAAGGAUGAUCCACUCAUUUACAAACCUGGUACUACAUAUUUCUACUCAACUCAUGCCUUUACCCUUCUGAGUGCUGUGUUGGAGAGAGCAGCAGAGCAGCGUUUCCUGGACCUCAUGCUUAAUAUGUUUCGUGAACUGGGCAUGCUCAAGACUGUGCCGGAGGAAAACGACCCUAUUAUCUACAACCGCUCCAGGUUUUACCAUUUUAAUAAAAAAGGCCGCAUUGUGAACUGCCCUUACGUGGACAACUCCUAUAAAUGGGCUGGAGGUGGCUUCCUCUCCACAGUGGGUGAUCUGCUGCUUUUUGGAAAUGCUAUGCUUUACAGUUACCAACUAGCUGACAUUGAGGAUACAACUGGACUCUUACCAGGCUUCCUCAAACCUAACACAGCUAAGGCUCUGUGGGCUCCUGUGGAUAAAACUGAGCCAUCAUGGGAUAAAGAUGGCCGGUACGCUCAGGGAUGGCUGGUGGUAGAGAAGAAGCAGAAGUAUGGGCAGUGUCGCAUGCGCAGACACUACGUCUCACACACUGGAGGUGCAGUGGGAGCGAGCAGCGUGUUGCUGGUGUUACCCAGUGAGACUUUGGGGCAGGAGGUAACUCCUCCACGGGGAAUUGUGGUGGCAAUCAUUACAAACUUGCAGUCUGUAGGACUUAAUGCAACUGCACUGAAGAUUGCCCAUGAGUUUGAGAAGUCCAGAGACAGCUAAAGUGGAAGUGAUGGAUGUGGAAUUUAAAUAUUCAUAAGCCCUUUUGUGGUUUUACACAUUUCAUAACUUAAUGCUGCCCUGUGUACGUUGUUUACAGUGCUGAGCUAUGAACGUAAAACAACACUUUUUAAAUUGCACUUGGUUUGUCAAUCAUUUGUAUUGUGAUUUUGGCUUUUAUAUGUAAUUUGUAUAGAAUAUUGAAUAAAUAAAUUCAUUCAUUC